AUGUUAGAUAUUGGUAUUGAUGGCUCUAGGCCUACAUUGAGGAUAAACGUCAAUGCGAGGCCUCCAACUGAACCAACAAAUUCAUUUAACGGCGACAAUAAUUCGAUUAGAAAUGAAAGAUUGGGUGAUCAUUCAAAGGAGAGCUUGGGUGAUAAUUCAAAUGAGAGUUUGGGUGAUCAUUCAAUAAAUAUACAUAAUGAUCCAACUAAUGUGGAAAAUCAGCCAGUAGAUACAGAAGAUUCUGAACCCGAAUGUUGUGAAGAAAUGCUGGGAAAAAAGGAAUUGGGAUCACAAUCCAACCAUUCCUUCUCCGAUGGAACUAAUUUAUGUAUAAACCAAACUUUCAGUAACAAGAAUGAGUUGCAAUUGUUAUUAGCUGAAGCGGCGGCAAAAAAGUGUUUUGAUUUUGCUACUAUGAAGAGUUGUACUAAAUACUUAAAGGUUAAAUGUGUAUCUCACAACUAUGCAUGGAUGUUGCGGGCGAGGAAAUAUGAGUGUUUGGAUAGAUUUCGCAUCUAUAAGUACAUUGGCGAACAUAGUUGUGGCGUUAAACAUGCCAACAAUAGCCAUAGAAAUAUUUCAAUCAAAGUCAUUGCUUCACUUUGUGUAAAUAUGUAUCGUGAUGGCAAGGGUCCAAAUGUUAAAGAGACUCAAAGAGCUAUGCUUAAUUCUUUUCAUUGUAGUCCAAGCUAUUGGAAAUGUUGGAAGUGUGGUAUGGUUGCCAAGAAAAUGGUUCGAGGGACAGCGGAGAACGAAUAUUCAUGCUUACCGGCUUUUUUCUACAUGUUUGAGACACUUAAUGUUGGUUCUAGCUAUUGUCUCAUGGUAAUUGCGGUUGAUGGCACUCAUUUACAUGGUAAAUACGAGGGGGUGUUAUUGAGUGUUGUUGCACAAGAUACGGAGAAUCAUGUUUAUCCAAUUGCCUUCUGUGUCGUGGACAAAGAGAAUGAUGCAUCUUGGACAUUCUUCUUUGAGAAAUUGAAGGAGAUUGUGGUCGAUGAAUUAGAUUUGUGCUUUAUCUCCGAUAGAUACAACAGUAUCGCCAACGAUAUUGUGAACGUUUACAAUCAUGCUUACCUUGGAUAUUGUAUGAGACACCUCGGUGAAAAUCUUUGUGUAAAUCAUCAUUGUAGAGAUUACCUUUAUCUUUACUACAAUGCAACAAAUGUUUAUUCUUUGGAGGAGUUUGACAAUCAUUUUGUAGAAUUCAAGAACAAAUGCCCCACUGCAGUUGUUGUCCUUGAGCAUGAUAUUGGUUUUGAGAAGUGGAGCAGGGCACAUUUUCCUGGCAAUAAAUAUGAUGUGAUGACCACAAAUAUCGCCGAGUCACUUAAUGAUAUGUUGAUAGACGAGAGAGAGUAUAUCGUGGCAUCUAUAUUUAAUUUGAUUGCUAAGAGGUUUGGAGAAUUGUAUAGGGAGAGGCAUGCAUAUAUCCUCAAAUCAAUGGGUAAUCAAAUGGUCCCGGCUGUCGCAAAAAUUGCAAGGAAAAAAAUGAUCGAGGGCGACUCCUUAUAUGUGGAAAAUGUAACCGGGGACGACAAUCAAUUUUAUCGUGUUCGAUGCAGGUGUUACUGCCUAUGUGGACCUACUGGAAAAGUCAUGUUCAUGUAG